UUUAUCAUUCCUAUCUUUUGUGACCAACAAGCCAAACUGGUAGCUUCCCCUCCAGCAUUACCCCUCUUGCAUCCCACAGUUCCCAUGGGAGACCAGAGUAAUUCCCCUUCUUCCUCCAUAGACAGCAGCAGCAGCCACCCUGCUCUCUGCUCUACAUCUUCCAUCUUCCAGACAAGGAGAGACCUACUGAGCACAGAUCUAAAGCUAGGACUUGGCCUCUCAACUUCAGCUCUGCAUGGUUGUUCUUCUAAAGAAAGGGAACAAUUAUCUCACUGGCCACCGAUCAAACCACUUCUUAGGAGCACACUCGAGGAGAAAGUUCAUCGAAGCCAUUCGAAAACAUUCUUCGUGAAGGUUUACAUGGAGGGCCUUCCCAUUGGCAGGAAGCUCGACUUGUUCUCACACAGUGGCUACGACAGCCUAACGAGGACACUUCGACGCAUGUUUAGGACGACGAUCAUAUGCCCUGAUACUUCUCGAGUUCCUCCAGAGAAGGCUCAUGUACUGACCUAUGAAGACAAGGAAGGAGACUGGAUGAUGGUUGGAGAUGUCCCAUGGGAGUUGUUCUUGAGAACCGUCAAGAGAUUGAAGAUCACAAGGGCUGACAAGUGCUAGUGUUCAUUUCCGAGCUCAAUUUUUUUUGUAUCUGGUUGCAUGUAACAUCAAAAUUAGAACAACAUGCAGCAAAAUUAGCUAGUUUACUAGUUGGGUGUUCCCUCUCCUCUAUUCAUUGUUCUAAAAGAAAAAGGUAUACACAAUGCAAUGGUUGUUUGCAGAUGUACAGUCAUACAAACAAAUAAUAAUAAUUGAAGUGGCUUCCUUGCUCUGA